UCCCUGCCCCCGCGCUCCUCGCCUUCCUCGCGCCAGCGUCUCUCGGGGUGGCCCGCCGGCCUUAACGAGCUUGGAGGCCAAGGCCUCCCCGAGACCGGAAGAGGUAUGCCGAACGAGAGAUGGGAUUUGGCCGUGUAGGCCUUAGGGGUCUCCUAUGGAAAUACGCGGGAGGUAAUCGGGGUGAUGCCAGGGGAGAGAGCCAGCUGUUGGGAAUGGAAUCAACCCCAGCGAAAGGAGAAAGAGAAACUUACUCCUGGAGUAAUCUAUGUGGGCCACUUACCUCCAGCGCUUUACGAAACCCAGAUCCGAGCAUAUUUCUCCCAGUUUGGUACUGUUACGAGAUUCAGACUGUCCAGAAGUAAACGGACUGGAAAUAGUAAAGGCUACGCGUUUGUGGAGUUUGCGUCUGAAGAUGUUGCCAAGAUAGUUGCUGAAACAAUGAACAACUACCUUUUUGGUGAAAGACUCUUGAAGUGUCAUUUUAUACCACCUGAAAAGGUACACGAAGAACUUUUUAGAGAGUGGCAUAUUCCAUUUAAAAAGCCAUCCUUUCCAGCAGUGAAACGGUAUAAUCAGAAUCGGACACUUCUUCAAAAGCUACAGAUGGAGGAGCGAUUUAAAAAGAAAGAAAAGUUACUCAGGAAGAGAUUAGCCAAAAAAGGAAUUGAUUAUGAUUUUCCUCCACUGGUUUUAUGUAAAAAGAAAAAAAGAAGUGCUUCAGACACUGGUCUUCAGAAAUCUACAAAUAGCCAGGUCUUAUCAAAGAAGAAGAAGAAAAAAGCUCCGUGUACUCCUGGCACCCCUGAGCAGACUGUGGAUAGCCAGGGCCCCACACCAGUUUGCACACCAACAUUUUUGGAGAAGCGAAAAUCGGAAGUGGCUAAAAUGAACGUUGACGAUAAAGAUAACGAAAUAGUUUUCAAACAGCCUGUACCUGGUGUAAAAGAAGAAACACAGCAGACUCAAACACCUACACGCUCAAGGAAAAAAAGACGAAGAAAAGGCAAUCAGUGAUUCUAAAUGUAUUCUAUUUCUUCUGAAAAAUGUGAUUUUAUUGUGAGGGCUAAUUCUUUGUAUUUAACUAUGUGCAGUGAAAUGCAACCAUUGACAGGGUUCUUGGAGGACAAACUGUCGGUAAGGAAAACGGUCAGUAACCGGCUUACCUGCCCUUGCUGGCAUUGCAGCGUGCAGUAGCUGGGCUCACGCUGCCUCUUUGUCCUAGUCUCUAGUUUUCUUUGCACAUUUCAUAGCUGUCUUUAGUUUCUCUUCCUGGAUAGAAAAGUCCCCACUGACUGCAGCUUUUAUUGUUACCAUCAGAUAAAGAAUACAGACUCUUGCUUGACCAUCUACAUGGUUCUCUGUUAGACUGUGCACGGCUAACCCAUAAGAGCACUUGAACAUCAUGUGAUGGAAACUGGAAGUUAAAUUACUUGGAGAGUGAGAAAGCCCUUCAAGUAUAUGUACGUGAGUGCUUUUACCAAGUUAAGUCUUUGGGGGGCUAGCAAGGUUUAAUGACUGUCAUUUUGUGUUCGUAUCAUCAAUGUGGAAUUGUAUCUCAAGAAUCAGUGACCAACAAAUAAAUAAACUUUUUCUACAAUUCAUUUA